GGCUCUAUUCUUCACCCUUAACCAUUCUCAAGCUUCGCUACGCAUACCCCAUUUCAACAACUCAACAGAUCAAGAUGUCCUCCUUUCCUUCAAGGCCCAAGUAACCAAGGAUCCAAACGGGGUUUUAGAUACUUGGAAGCCAAACACAUCUUUUUGCAAUUGGCAUGGAGUCCUCUGCAAUCCCAUGAAGAACAGAGUUACUGGUCUUACUCUUAGAAACCUUACCCUUGCAGGAACAAUUACUUCUUAUAUCGCAAAUCUCUCCUUCCUACGUCGUCUUGACUUGCAAGAGAAUAGUUUUCAUGGUACCAUUCCCAUAGACUUUGGCAGGCUUUUUCGCCUAGUUACUCUAAUUUUAGCUUCCAACAAUAUUCAUGGAAAUAUUCCUUCUUCACUUGGGCUUUGCUCUAGGCUUCAGGUCAUUGAUCUUUCAGAUAACCAGCUCCAAGGAACAAUUCCAUCAGAAUUAGGUAAUCUACUAGAGCUUCAAGAUUUGAGUUUUGCAAAGAAUAAUCUUUCAGGGAACAUCCCUUCCUCUCUUGGCAACUGUUCUUCUCUUAACAACCUCAUCUUAUUGUCAAAUAACCUCCAGGGGACAAUUCCCACUGAAUUGGGCCAUCUCAGUCUUCUUCUACAGCUGAACUUAGGGAACAACAAUCUUUCAGGUGAGAUUCCGCCAUCACUCUUCAACAUUUCUUCUUUGCUCAUUUUGGGCCUAGCAAAGAAUCAGAUUUCAGGCCAUCUUCCUUCGAAUUUAUUUACAACAUUGCCUAAUCUAAACACCUUGUUUGUGGGAGGGAAUCUGCUUCAAGGACACAUCCCUGGAUCUCUAUCCAAUGCUUCAAGCCUUGAAAAGCUUGAUCUCUCAACAAACCUAUUCACAGGAAAGGUUCCAUUGUUAUGGAAUCUUCCAAACAUCCAGAUUUUGAAUCUUGAAAUCAAUAUGUUUGUCAGUGAAGGGGAACACGGGUUGGAUUUUAUUACUUCUCUGUCGAAUUCUACUUCUCUGAGAGUAUUCUCAGUUGCAACCAAUAAACUGACUGGUCACCUUCCUUCCUCAAUUGGCAACCUCUCAAGCCAGCUCGCUUUGUUAGUUAUGGGACAAAACCAUUUUGAGGGAAACAUACCUGAAGGAGUUGGGAACCUGAGGAGUCUUAUUCAGUUAUCCAUGGAAGAAAAUGUCUUAACCGGACACAUUCCUUCUACAAUUGGAAACCUUCAAAACCUACAAAGCUUGAUUUUAGACUCCAACUAUUUGUCAGGUUCAAUACCUGAAUCAUUGGGAAACCUGACUCAAUUGUAUGAGCUGGGUUUGAGUGGGAACAAUAUUACAGGGAGAAUUCCUUCAAGCCUUUCAAGUUGUCAACGUCUCCAACUUUUGGAUCUGUCAAUCAAUGGCCUCAGAGACAACAUACCCAAAGAAAUCUUUAGCUUCCCGAAUCUAGCAACAGUUCUAAAUCCUUCAUGGAACUCUCUAAGUGGAUCUUUGCCUUCUGAAAUUGGCAACUUAAAGAUGGUACAGGGUAUAGACAUCUCCAACAACAGGCUUUCAGGAGCAAUUCCAACAACAGUUGGGGUCUGUUCAAAUCUGUUAUACCUGGAUCUGUCCAGCAAUUCCUUUCAAGGACUAAUUCCUGAUUCUUUAGAGGAGAUAAGAGGUAUAGAAUAUAUUGAUCUUUCAUCUAAUAAUUUGUCUGGCUUGAUUCCUUCACUUGGUACCCUUAAGUACCUCCAACUAUUGAAUCUCUCUGCUAAUAAGCUUCAAGGGGAGGUACCCAAAGGAGGCAUCUUUAGCAACACAUCUGCGGUUUUCCUUUCUGGAAAUCCAGGGCUCUGCGGUGGCCUUCCGGUGUUGGAACUACCCAAUUGCCCUGCCACUGGGAGCCGCUCUAGUAGCUCCAGGACCAGGAAGAUGCUGAUUGUAGGGCUAACUGCAGGCGCAGCAGCUAUGUGCAUUCUGAUUGUCCUCUUUAUGUUUUUAAUCAUGAAGAGGAAGAAGAAACAUGACCCAACGGUCACAGAUGUAAUUUCUUUUGAGGGUCCUCCCAGAUUGUACUCCUACUAUGUCCUGAAAUCUGCAACAAAUAAUUUCAGUAGUGAGAACUUGAUUGGGGAAGGGAGUUUUGGCUGUGUCUACAGGGGAGCUAUGAGAGAUGGGACUUUGGCUGCUGUGAAAGUCUUUAACAUGGACCAACAUGGAGCUUCCAGAAGCUUUCUAGCCGAGUGUGAAGCCCUUAGAUAUGUUCGGCAUCGGAACCUAGUGAAGAUCCUGAGUGCUUGCUCAUCUCCAACAUUCAAGGCUCUGGUGUUGCAAUUCAUGCCGAACGGAAGCUUGGAGAAGUGGCUUCACCAUGGGAGGGAAGAUGGAAGACAAAGGCUUAAUCUAAAGCAGAGAAUGGACAUUGUCGUCGAGGUCGCAUCUGCAAUGGAGUAUCUCCAUCACAACUGCGAAACCCCAGUGGUGCACUGUGAUCUCAAGCCAAGUAAUGUCCUCCUGGAUCAGGACAUGACUGCUCAUGUGGGGGACUUCGGACUCGCAAGGAUACUUCAUGGAGCUGCAUCCGAUCAUCAAAUCAGUAGCACUCUCGGCUUAAAAGGAUCAAUAGGCUAUAUUGCACCAGAGUACGGUUUGGGGGGCGGUGUGUCCACAAAGGGCGAUGUGUAUUGUUUUGGAAUACUUGUGCUGGAGAUGUUUACAGGAAAGAAACCAACCCAGGAGAUGUUCAGCGGAGAAUUUAGUCUUCGAAGGUGGGUGGAAGCAGCCGUGCCGGAUCAAGUGAUGGGGAUUAUGGACAAUGAAUUGGAGGGAGAUUGUAAAAUUUUGGGCGUGGAAUAUUUGAACUCAGUCAUACAGAUUGGUCUAUCGUGUGCCUCUGAGAAUCCAGUAGAUAGACCAGACAUGAAAGACGUUUGUGCAAUGAUGGAGAAAACUAGGGCUGUCCUCUUCACCGCUCCCACCGAAAUCUGCAAUUCGCAAUGUUAAACUGUACGACUGUUUGACUUUCAAGAAGAGGGAUAAAUUCCUCUCAAAUAUUUUUCUUGUAGAUUCGGUGAUGUGAAAUAUAAAUUGAGGUUGGUUGUAA